AUGGGCGGGGGCGACGGCAACCUGCGCCGCGUCGUGCACCGGCGGGUGCACCUGGAGAGGCACCAGCCUGCCCAGCGCAAGAAGCUCGGGUACUUGGAGAAGCACAAAGACUACGUACUCCGCGCCAGGGACUACCACCGCAAGGAAGACGGGAUCAAGAAGUUGCAGCGCAAGGCGUUUUUCAAGAACGAGGAUGAGUUCUCCAUGUCGAUGAUCAACCACACGACCGUGGAUGGGCGUAACCGCAAGAAGGGCAAGGGCCUCUCCCAGGACGAGGUGGCCCUUGUCGACACGCAGGACGCCAGGUACGUCGGCAUGCGCGAGCAGAUGGACAAGAAGGAAGCGGCGAGGGCGCUGGAGAGCCUGCACUUCCUGGACGCCCCGAAGAGCAACAAGCACGUGCUCUUCCUGGACGAGGACGACCUGCAAAAGGGCUCCUGUGCCUCGUCGUCGUCAGCACCUUCAGGCAAGAAGCGCAGCCUCGCCAAAUCGCUGCAGAACUACGACGUGGCGGCGCACUUCGACACGCACCCGGAGCUGCUCGGGCGCACGUCCAACAGGCUGCGGAAGAAGCAGCUGGAGACGCAGGCUUUCGCUGACGUGGCCGAGCUGAGUCAGGGCUCCAGAGGGAACUACCGCAAGCUGUUACAUCAACAGGAGCGCGCGAAGCGGCUGGAGCUGGUCCGCGGAGAGCUGGAGCUGCGACACAAUCUUCGGCAAAAAGGCCGUCGAAGAAAGGUGGCGGACGGUGUCGAUGGCCGUCCCGCUGUGUACCAGUGGCUGCCAGAGCGGAAGCGGUGA